AUGUUUCAGACGUUUAAAGAAUGGUUCUGGUUGGAAAGAUUCUGGCUUCCUCCAACAAUAAAGUGGUCAGAUCUUGAAGAUCAUGAUGGACUCGUCUUUGCAAAACCUUCUCAUUUAUAUAUGACAAUUCCAUGUGCUUUUCUGUUUAUGAUUAUCAGACAUUUAUUUGAAAAAUUUGUUGCUUUACCUCUAGCAAAAACAUGUGGCAUUAAAGAUACAGUUCGAAAAGUUAUACCAAAUACCAUCUUAGAGAAUUUUUUCAAACAUUCCACAAGGCAACCAUCACAGACUGAUAUUUAUGGACUGGCAAAGAAGUGUAACCUGACGGAGCGCCAGGUUGAAAGAUGGUUGAGGAGUCGGCGGAAUCAAGACAAGCCUUGCAGGAUAAAGAAAUUCCAGGAAGCUUGCUGGCGAUUUGCAUUUUACCUAAUGAUGACUAUUGCUGGAAUUGCAUUUCUUUAUGAUAAACCUUGGGUAUAUGACCUGUUGGAGGUUUGGAAUGGCUAUCCCAAACAGCCCCUGCUGCCAUCCCAGUACUGGUACUACAUUUUAGAAAUGGGUUUUUAUUGUUCUCUGUUGUUUAGCCUUGGCACUGAUAUCAAGAGGAAGGAUUUUCUAGCUCAUGUCAUCCACCACCUGGCUGCUCUUAGUUUGAUGAGCUUCUCUUGGUGUUCUAAUUAUAUUCGCAGUGGGACCCUCGUGAUGGUUGUGCACGAUGUAGCUGACAUUUGGCUGGAGUCUGCUAAGAUAUUUGCUUACGCUGGAUGGAGACAAACUUGUAACAUCUUGUUUUUCAUCUUUUCUGCCAUGUUUUUCAUCAGCCGCUUCAUUAUUUUUCCCUUCUGGAUUUUGUACUGCACACUCAUUCUGCCUCUGCAUUACCUUGAGCCGUUCUUUUCGUACAUCUUCCUCAAUCUACAGCUCAUCAUCUUGCAGGUCCUUCACGUUUACUGGGGUUACUACAUCCUGAAGAUGCUCAAAAGAUGUCUAUUCACGAAGAGCAUCCAGGAUGUGAGAAGUGAUAACGAGGAUGAGGAGGAAGAAGAAGAAGAAGAAGAGGAAGAGGAGGAAGACGAAAAAGAGGCUACCAAAGGCAAAGAGAUAGACUCUUUGAAGAAUGGCCUUGGGGCAGACAGGCAUCUCAUUCCCAAUGGUCAGCAUGGCCGUUAGCUUGAAGCCCACAUAACUCCCAUAGCACAGUGUGCUGCAAGGGCUGUUGGAAACACAGAAUGAUUCCCCGUUCAUUGCUGAGGCCUAGAGGACCCACAGGGACCCCAGACCCCAGAUUCUGCCCUUCCCUCUUUCUAAACCCACCUUCCCUCCUACCUAAAAUGUGUUUAACAAACUGUUGUUAACUUGCGUUGAAAUGUUAAAUAUAAGCAUUCCCGUGGAUUUUACUGCAGUUAGGAC